CGUCAUGACGCCGCACACGCAGCCCCGCCCCUGCAGAGCUCGGUGCUGGGACGGAACCCGGGUUUCUCUCAAACCCGGAAUGUGAGGCCUGGGCUUGGCUCUCCCUGGACCCGUGCGCCGCUGUUUACCCGGGCCUGGGUGCGCCGCUGCUGCCCUACAGCUCGCCCCGAAGGAGCCAGGGUGGCCGUGCGCUUCUGCCGUGUGCCCGCGUGGCUGCCGCCGCCCGUCCGAAUCCUCCGGGGCCGCAGAGGAGUUCGCUACGGAGGGAGGCGGGGGCCUUCGGGAGGAGGAGGCGGAGGAGGCGGAGGAGGAGGGAAGGAAGAUGGCGGCCGUGGAACUAGAGUGGAUCCCAGAGACUCUGUAUAACACCGCCAUCUCCGCUGUCGUGGACAACUACAUCCGUUCCCGCCGAGACAUCCGCUCCUUGCCCGAGAACAUCCAAUUCGAUGUUUACUACAAGCUUUACCAACAGGGACGCUUAUGUCAACUGGGCAGUGAAUUUUGUGAAUUGGAAGUUUUUGCUAAAGUAUUGAGAGCUUUGGAUAAAAGACAUUUGCUUCAUCAUUGUUUCCAGGCUUUGAUGGAUCAUGGUGUGAAAGUUGCUUCAGUCUUGGCCUACUCAUUCAGUAGGCGGUGCUCUUACAUAGCAGAAUCUGAUGCUGCAGUAAAAGAAAAAGCCAUUCAGGUUGGCUUUGUUUUAGGUGGCUUUCUUUCAGAUGCAGGGUGGUACAGCGAUGCUGAGAAAGUUUUUCUGUCCUGCCUUCAGUUGUGUACUCUACAUGAUGAGAUGCUUCAUUGGUUUCGUGCAGUAGAAUGUUGUGUGAGGUUGCUUCAUGUGCGAAAUGGAAACUGCAAAUAUCACUUGGGUGAAGAGACGUUUAAGUUAGCUCAGACAUAUAUGGAUAAACUCUCAAAACAUGGCCAGCAAGCAAACAAAGCUGCACUGUAUGGAGAACUGUGUGCACUACUAUUUGCAAAAAGUCACUAUGAUGAGGCUUACAAAUGGUGCAUUGAGGCAAUGAAAGAAAUCACAGUGGGCUUACCAGUCAAAGUUGUGGUGGAUGUUUUAAGACAAGCUUCUAAGGCUUGUGUUGUAAAACGUGAAUUUAAGAAGGCAGAACAGCUAAUUAAACAUGCAGUGUAUUUGGCACGGGAUCAUUUUGGAUCCAAACACCCAAAAUACUCUGAUACACUGCUAGAUUAUGGGUUCUACUUACUCAAUGUAGAUAAUAUCUGUCAGUCUGUUGCAAUUUAUCAGGCAGCCCUUGACAUUCGGCAGUCAGUGUUUGGUGGCAAAAAUAUCCAUGUAGCAACAGCUCAUGAAGACUUGGCUUAUUCUUCUUAUGUUCACCAGUAUAGCUCUGGGAAAUUUGACAAUGCACUAUUUCAUGCAGAAAGAGCUAUUGGUAUCAUUACCCACAUUCUACCUGAAGAUCAUCUUCUUUUGGCUUCUUCAAAGAGGGUGAAAGCUCUUAUUUUAGAGGAGAUUGCAAUUGACUGUCAUAAUAAAGAAACUGAACAGAGGCUGCUUCAAGAAGCUCAUGAUUUGCACCUGUCUUCACUCCAACUAGCUAAAAAAGCUUUUGGGGAAUUUAAUGUACAGACUGCAAAACACUAUGGAAACCUUGGAAGACUUUACCAGUCAAUGAGAAAAUUUAAGGAAGCUGAAGAAAUGCACAUCAAAGCAAUUCAGAUUAAAGAGCAACUUCUUGGUCAAGAAGAUUAUGAAGUAGCCCUUUCCGUGGGACAUCUGGCUUCUUUAUACAAUUAUGACAUGAAUCAGUAUGAAAAUGCUGAGAAACUUUAUUUGCGCUCUAUAGCGAUUGGGAAGAAACUGUUUGGUGAAGGCUACAGUGGACUAGAAUAUGACUACCGAGGUCUCAUUAAACUUUACAACUCCAUUGGGAAUUAUGAGAAAGUGUUUGAAUAUCACAACGUUCUGUCUAACUGGAACCGGUUGCGAGAUCGUCAGUAUUCGGUGACCGAUGCUCUUGAAGACGUCAACACCAGCCCCCAGUCCACUGAAGAAGUGGUACAGUCCUUCUUGAUUUCUCAGAAUGUGGAGGGACCGAGCUGCUGAGGGAGUACCUCAGUUAACUAAUUUACCUUUUCCCAGAUUCCAGGGAAUUCAUACUGUGAAAUCAAAACCAUGUUGUUUUUUGGGGCUGGAAUUUGCAUUGAAACACUGGUCCAGUCCAUUGACCCUAUUUGGGUGAUCCCUAUCUUGCAGAGUGUCCGUAGGAAUAAGCAUAUAUUCAGUUAUAUUCAGCAUGUACCGCAUGUAUAAGUAGUCUGGCCCAUAUUUUCAACCUAGUAGAACAAACAACAGGAAAUCUUUUUGUUGUUGUUUUUUUUUUUUUCAUUUAAAAAAAUAAUUCAUUUUGCAGAAAGCCUGAAAAGAACCCCUAAAUAAAACUAUUUAAGAGUUUAAAAGAGUUGCAUUCUUAUUAUGUAAGGAUGAUUUUAACAACUUUUUAACAUAUAAUUCUUCCUUGUGGAGGUAUUCAAUACUGUAUUGUAAAGAAAUUUUAUGGGGAAAAUCUUUAUAUGCAGUAUGGAAAAGUUAACACAGUGCUGAUAGAAGAGGGACAUCCUGACUUAGGUUUGGCCACCUUACCCACGGAAGUGGAUACAGCCACUCCAGAGCUCUCUUACAAGGGAAGGACUGUCAGAUUCAUCUGAACUGGACCAGUGUUGAUCUGUAAAUCAUAGAAAAGCUGACAGACCAGCACUUUUAUUAACCCUUUGGUUGUGUUGGGGUUUUUUGGUACAACAAUGCAAGAUGCUCUGAUAGCAUUUGCUGACAGGACCAGGAGGACCUAAAAUGGACCAGCCUAAUCUAGAAAGGGGUUAUUUGGACCAGAGGCUUUAGGUUAUUAUUUUAGCCCCUGCAUAUACUUUUAUCAGUAGAAUGUUUCAUUUAGAUAUAUGAUGAAAAGUAAUAAUGCAAAACUUAUAUUCAUGUAAUUAGACACGAAACUUGGGAAAUUUGGCAAUUUCAGUGGCAUAUCUUUAGUCAGUGUGCACAGAUGGCAGUGCCAUAAGCAAGUCUAUAAAUAUCUGCCGCAACCAACCCCCUCAUUUUAAAUGUUACCCUAAUAAUCAGUGCAAUUAACAAGUAUAUUGGCUAAGAGUCAUGAAAUAAUAGCUCAUGUUUGGGAGGGACUUUUAGGUUACUAUGUGGUUUGUGGGGAUUCAUGGAAAAAUGAAUGCCCAAAAGAAGCAAUUCUUCUGAGAUCCUUUGUUUUUAUGGUAAUAAUAGUACAACUGGGUCGUUUUAUUUGAACUUCAAGAGUCAAAUACAAAGAUCCCCUAAUUAUAUAUCUAUUUCACUAACUUGUCUUCCUUUUAUUGGGUUUUGAUUUUUUAAAUUUUAACCCAGUCGGGUUAUUUAAUGUUGAGAUAAUUAAUAUUCAAAUUUGGGAAGUUGUAACAUGUAGCAAUUCAAGAAACAAAAGGUCUUUUGCUGUUACCUCAGUUCUUAUUAUAGUGGCCUAUUGGGUGCCUCUAUAGUUAAGAAUCAGGGUUUUCCCCCCUAUUUUCAGGGGUUCAUGACUUGGCUGUUAGAGAUGUUACUCUUGGCUAAUGCUUGGAGUAGUUUGUGGGUGAGUGAAUGUGUGUUGAAUUUUGGUUUUCUUUUAACAUGCACGUUGGGGUUGGAGGGGGGAAGAAAUCUAAACUGUCUGCCACAUUGAGUACAGAAAAAUUAAUUAGAGAUUUCAGAUCAAUUUGAUUUUAAACACUUUUGAACUUCGCAAAUCUAAUCUUGUUUAAAACUAUAAUUUGCAGUCUUGUUAUGAGCCAGUGUUUUUAAGACCCCAGGAGGGGAUUGACUGGGGGAGGUACGUAAAGAGAUGAAACAAGCCUGGACCCUAGGAUUAUAACUAUGAUUUCAAAACCUGAGUUUAUUCCUCAAAUUGAAUUAGUUUCUUUUUAAUUUUAAAAGGAGUACAUUGGCACACCUGCAUCUCCCCUCCCAGCUCAUUGCAGUCUAAUGCCAAGAGGCACCUCUUUGUUAAUUACCAAAUAGUCUGUGACCAAGGACUAACAUUUUUUAAGUUACUCAGCUCUAUCCUCGUGGGCCUAUAUAUUUAAUACCUCCAAAGAUAUUUUCAGGAUAGGCUUUGUAUACUUUUGUUGGUUAUUUAGAGUCCUGUGGUAUGUUUGUGGUAUAGGAAUGUCAUGGUAAAUUGUUUUUCAAUAAAUAUUUUGAAACUCACGUUUCCAUACGAAGUUUUUUUUUUUUGUUUUGUUGUUUUUUUUUUUUUUUUUUUUGUAAUCUGUAUUUUUUGGUUUUGUGCACAUACAGCAUUUCCUAUGAUAAAAUCAAGCAAAUGACUUAAGGCCUCAUCCUCUCUUAAUUCAGUUUGAGCUAUAAAGCAACAUGAUAUUUAGAAGCCUAAGAUCACAGGGUGAUAAUGUUAAGUGGCAGCCAGUUUUUCUAAAAACCAUUGGUAGUUUCCCUUUAUUACCACUGCUUUAAUGUAGUGUUCUGUAAAUCUGUUUGAUUUAAUGCAAACACUGUAGGAUGAGAAAAGAGAUUGCCAGUUUCUGUUAAUGAUCUAACAAUAUGUUAUUAAUUCUGGUUCUAAUGAAUAAUACCCUUAUGAUUUUAAGUGUGGGAUUUAUCCUUUUCCUAGGGAUGUUUAGGGUAAAUUAGAGAGGUGAAUGUCACCAUGAUUUAUGGGGUUAAAAAGAAUCUCAAAGAAAGAAAAGAAUAAAAUUUACCUCACAAUAACCAAUAGCUUGCACAAGCUUUUCACAUAGGGUGGGGUUAGGUGUAAGGAAGCCUAAACCAACCUAAAGAUAUUUCUGAAAGUUCAGCAAAAUAAUAAUGGGCCUUUGGUCUCAUUCUUCCUGACUUUCAUUUCUUUCCUCUUACCCAGUCUUUUUCCUAAAGUUUGGUGCUAUUCAAGUUGGGUGCAUCAGGGGGCUCUACAAAUACUCAUGUGCUACAGAUUGUCAGUCACUCCAGCAUCCAGUGUAACAGAACUGAUUGGGUUUUUUAGAACACCAUAUUUAAGGGUUCCCAAAGCUGACUUUGCCCUAGGCUUUAGGACCUCUAUUGUCAUCAAAGCUCUGUCUCUGCUUGGUUAAAAACAAACUCACCAUUGCUCUGUAGUAACCCUUGUGCAGUAUGCGCUCAUUAGUGAAAAUAAAGGAUUUGACAAAGGCCUUUGUUCCCAGCCUGUUUGGGAAGAGUUCAUAAUGUUGUGAAAAUUAAGUACAGAGGCUGCAAUCUUAUACAUAAAUGGGAGUGCCAUUUGGUAGCUCCUUACGUGCAAACAGAAUGCUGAACAGUAAACACACCUGAAACACAAUUGAAGCUUGUGGCCGUACUUUACGAAUUGAAACAACGGUUUGCUUAGUAGCAGGUAUUCUUAACUACCACUUGGUCUUUAUUUUUCUCCCCAGAAUUUGUAGCCUUGCUGCUUGCAAACUCUUCCUUUCCUGGAUGGCAAAGUUACUACUGGAAAAAUACUUAUUUAUAUAAGUAUAGACUUUUUCAAGAGUUUUAUUUUUGCUUUAAAAAUUAAUGUAUAUAUUUCACCUCUUGGCUUUGGAGGACCUCAGUUCUUGCUAGGAAAAAGAAAAUUUUUUAAUCUGACACUUGGAUUACUAUCCAGCUUGAACACUAGUAGUUGUAUUGUCCACAAAUCUCAGGAAUGUGUUAGGCAGAAAACUGGUUUUACCCUGUUGGUGAUCUGAAGGAAUGUGCUUUAGGAUUUAUUAAAUAAUACUAUUCUUUAAUUGCAAUCCUAGGUAUCUAUAGCAUGAGUGGCCUUAGUGAGUUUGUUGAAGUGCACAUUUUUUUCAAAAGUAAAAUUUAAGAUUAAAAAUAUAUGCUAUAUAUAGAUAUCUAGAAAACCUGGUUUGUGGUGCACAAAUUAAGUGUUGGAUCACUAAAUAACUGUUGCAGGUACCAUUUGUGUAACAUUACUCAUUUCUGUAUAUUCCUUUUAUGGAAAGAUAUGUUGCCAUGGUAACUAAAACUUUUCAAUUUAGUUCUACUUUUAUGAUGUGAAUGAAUGCUACAUUUUAUUAAAUAUUACCAAGUCAGUACUAUUUUUAUACUUUAUUAAGCAACAGGGGAUUUUAGGUUAGUAGACUCAAAAGCUCUUAAUGAAACAAAUUACUAACAAUUCUUUACAUGAAAAUCCCCACGAAUAGUGCCACAGUAAUUUCUAUAGAAAUAUCUAGGGUCAUUGAUAGAUUUUUUUUAAGACGAUUCUUCAUUGUGUCAGAAUGACCUUUCAUAUCAUCCUUAACACAAACUUGUAGUGCCCACCAUUAUGUGUAACCAUUGAACCAUACUAAGUAUGUUUGUAACCAGCAUUGUGAUAUAUUCUGUACUUGUAUUGCUAAAAAUGAAUUAUUGACCUAAUAAAUAUAGUGUUCCUGCAUUCAUAGUGUAUCUGUUUCGAAUGUAGUUGUGAUCACUUUUGGUCAGGACUUGGGAUUAUUAUUGCAGCCUGUCUUUAUUAGAGAACAGUGUGAGAGAAGCUGUUGGAACCAGAACAAAGUGCUCUUGUUCAAGAAAAAUAAGAUGUGUGGCAGAGGAGACACGUGGUAACAGCAUCUGGAGAUGGUGCUCACGAAGGUACUUGGAAAAGACAAGGUAGUACUUAAUGCAGGAGGUGUUUAGUCUUUACAAAAGUAACUACACCAUUUUCCCUAGUCUUCUAUCUCUGAAGCUGAAGGCGGGUGAGGAGACCUGUUGAAACUCUGCUGGCAAUAGUGGAGAGAACCCUGGAUUUGGGUUUCAGUUCCAGCUCUGCCUCUGAGCAGUAAGAAUCUGAGAUCCGUCAUUAUGAACCUCUUUGUGUUUCAUUUCUUCAUAUGAAUGGGGGGGGGGGGUGUCAAAAUAGGUCUUUUAAAA